UGAAAAAUCUGAUGUAUACAGUUUGGGUGUUCUUAUGUGGGAAAUCAGUAGUGGACAGCCACCAUUUAAUUUCCAAUCACCCGAACAAGUGAUCUCACUUAUCACUAAUAACAAACGUGAGAUGCCAAUAUAUGGAACUCCAAUUAAAUAUGUAAGUCUCUAUCGGGAAUGUUGGCAACAAGAUCCACAGCAACGAAAGAAGUAUUUAGCAAGCUCGAAUCUAUUCCUAUCGAUUCUGUUAUCGAGUUGACUGCUGAUAUCGAUUCUUUACUCAAUGGAACAUCUA